UACAACUAGUGUUUUAGAAACUCAAACCGUGAUAAUAGAUUUGGUAAAAACAGAGUCACAAUGCUGAACCGCACCUCUGUUGACCAGUCUUCAUUCAAAGAUUUCAAAGUAUUCAUGACAUUAUAUAGUGUACAAACUAAUCACAACAAACCGUGUUGUACUUGUACUAAUAUGAGAGACUCAAAUCAGUUGGUGUGGUUCACAUUCAACACACUUCUUGAAUGCACACAUACUGUUUGCAAGUUUGCAUCACUGAAGAGCUUUAUAAUCAAGAGUAACCUUCUUGAAAAUUUCAGAGAGUGAGAGUGAGAGUGAGAGAGAGCAAUGGAUUCAUCCCCUUCACCUGAUAUUUACAUCCCAGACCAAUGGACUAAGGCUGCAAACUUCAUUCUAUCAAGCUCAAGACCUCCCAUCACAUUCAUAUGUGGACCUGCAAACUCUGGGAAAGCAACCUUCUCCCGCCAUUUACUUAAUGUACUCUUCACCAAAUGUAACAGAGUAGCUUAUCUUGAUACCAAUGUUGGCCAACCUGAGUUUACUCCUCCUGGUUUUCUUUCUCUAACCAUUCUUCAUAAUCUCACACCAGAUAUGACGAUUCCAUGCCUGAAAACACCAGAGAGAUCCCUUUUCUUUGGCGAUGUUUCUCCUCAGAGAGAUCCGUCAACAUACAUAAAGUACAUACGCUCCAUUUAUGAUUAUUAUCAAAAGGAGUAUCGCACCUUUGAUAAGGGAGGAAAGUCUUCUAGGAUUCAGAUGCCUCUUGUAGUGAAUACUUCUGGCUGGGUUAAAGGUGUUGGCUAUAACAUGUUAGUGAACAUGUUAAAAUAUAUAUGUCCCACCCAUGUAGUUAAGAUUGGCAUAUCCACUGAAAAUAUGAAUUUGCCUGCUGGAAAAUUCUGGUUAGGUGGGAAACAUGAUGGAACAAUAUUGAUGGAGAUACGUGCUGCUCGUCAGGACUCAUUAAAUGGAUCGGGGCUUGCUCAGAACAAUGCUCGUCUCGUGCGUGAUUCACGACUAAUGGCUUAUUUCAGACAGUGCCUUCCUAGUGAUUCAAAUGUUUCAACUAUCAAGGAACUUGCACAUUCCUUGACCUCUCACUGUCCUUAUCAUGUUCCCAUUGCAAGCGUAAAGAUUCGACAUGUUCAUCGUAAGGUCCCAAGCUCUCAAACAUUCCACAGCCUGAAUGCUAGUAUUGUUGGCUUAGCAGUUGAAUCUAAAGGACCUGGAAAUUUACCCUGGUGCCUUGGUCUUGGCAUUGUGCGGGCCAUUGACAGUGUCAAAGGCAUACUCUAUGUGAUUACACCAGUGCCAUUUGAUUCUCUGAAAAAAGUUAACCUCUUGCUACAAGGUUAUAUCCAAAUUCCUACUGGUUUAUUGCAGGUCUAGGGAUGCAUAUCAGUAUCACCUUACAUGUCAGCAAGUGUAUUUUUCAUGAGUCAGCAAAGAGAACACCAUUAUAUUAACAGUCUAACAAGAUAUUAGCAAUCUCUCCAUUGUUAUUAUUAUUGUAGUAGUUAUUAUUAUUAUUAUUAUGAACUAGGCUGACAAUGUUACCGUGG